AUGAAUGCAUCGGGACUACCAGCAGGGCAUCUUCUUCCUAACCUGGCACUGAAUAAGACAGCUGUGCAGUCUUCAAACGGUGACAACAUCGGUUUUGCUUUCAAGGCCGUCGAUGGCAACAGAGACGAGAACUAUCAGAAAGGGUCCUGCACACUUACUUUAUCACAGUCUGAUCCGUGGUGGAGGGUAGACCUGGCAAGAGUGUAUACAAUUGGUGCUGUUGUGAUAACCAAUAGUGCAGGAUUUGAAAACAGGUUGGAUGGUGCAGAAAUCUGGAUUGGAAAGUCAGCAAACUUCAGUGACCCUGAGCGUGAGAGGUGUGCCGUCAUCUCUCACAUCCCCAGUGGGGAGACGUUCUACUUUCCAUGUAGCUCUAUUGAGGGACGCUAUGUCACUGUGUUUCUCCCAGGAAGUGGGAAGGUCCUAAAUCUCUGCGAGGUUGAAGUGUACUAUGGAUACCCAUUAUCCAAUGUGGCACUCAAAGGAGAAGCUACCCAGUCAUCUACACUCUCUUUUGCCACUGCGUCCAAAGCCAUCGAUGGCAGACGGAUCUCGUUCUACAGCAAUGGGUUCUGUAGCCACACCGCUGAAGACGAGACCGACCCCUGGUGGAGGGUGGACCUGCAGCGAAGCUUUACAAUCACUGCUGUAAAAGUCACCAACAGAGGAGACUGCUGUGCUGAAAGACUGGAUGGUGCUGAGAUCAGAAUAGGAAACUCACUGGAGAACAACGGAAACAACAAUCCCAGGUGUGCUUCCAUCUCACAUAUCAAAGCAGGUAAAACCUACACAUACCGGUGUGACGGAGGCAGCAUGGAGGGUCGCUUUGUGAACGUGUUUCUUCCUGGACAGAAGAAGACUCUCACCCUGUGUGAAGUGGAGGUGUAUGCUGCCCCAGCAGUUGAACCGCUUCCAAACAUGGCCUUAGGCAAACAAACAGCACAGUCAUCGACUUGGCCCAAUAAACCUUUUCUGUCAUCAAAAGCUGUUGAUGGGUGUGGCAUUAUUGAAUCAUUGGAUGGUACACCAACAUACACAUUCCAGUGUAAUGAAAUGGAAGGUCGCUACAUCAAUGUGAUCAUGCCAGGAUCUCAGAAAAUUCUGACGCUGUGUGAAGUGGAGGUGUUUGCUUCUCUGCCUGCACCAGAAGCUGUUACUCCUUCACCAACUCCUCCAACACCUCCUACUGCUCCUCCCACUGUGAGUGUGCAGCUUGGUGGUAGGAACGUGACGGUGGUGGGAGAGAGGCUCUGCUGGUCUGAUGCUCUGAUGUACUGUAGACGUUAUUACUGGGACCUGCUCAGCCUUCGCAGCCAACAGGAGCAAAGCGAGUUGGAGCAGCUGCUGGGCCUCAUUCCUUUCUCCCUCACAGACCACGUCUGGCUGGGACUGCGCAGAUCCCUAAGAGGAGACGACUGGUUCUGGAUGUCUGGACAUCCCAUGAGUUUCUUUAAUUGGCCACAAGAUUUUGUCCCUCACUAUUACUCCAGCAUCUGUGGAGCUAUGGGCAAUGGAGAGCACUUCCUGUGGCAGGACCUGCACUGUGGGGAGCAGCUCAAUUUCAUCUGCCAAUCAGGUGCUGGGGACAAUGUGCAAAGAGUGGACUUCUACAGCACCAAGAAUGUCACAACUGUAAAGUAAAGCCAUACUCUUAG